UGGACCAAUGGCCAGUUUCUAUGGGCAUGUUCUCUUCUUCUACGCUUUCCUUCUGUCCGAGCAGCGUGGAUCGAGGCGGCGCAGCGAGGAGCUGAAACUGAUUCAUUCUGUGAGAACAGCCACUUCUGCGAGUUUUAUCCUGCACCUACGUGUUUAGAGAGCUGAUUCAGAAUGGACUCGACCUUAAGUGCAGCUCAAAUUCGCCAGAAGUUUAUUGACUUUUUCGUCCGAUAUGAGCACCAGUAUGUCCACUCCUCAUCCACCAUCCCGCUGGAUGACCCCACGCUGCUGUUCGCCAACGCCGGCAUGAACCAGUUCAAGCCAAUCUUCCUGAAUACCAUCGAUCCCUCCCACCCCAUGGCCAAGCUGCGCCGUGCUGCCAACACUCAGAAGUGCAUCCGUGCCGGAGGGAAACACAACGACCUGGACGAUGUGGGCAAAGACGUGUACCACCACACCUUCUUUGAGAUGCUGGGGUCCUGGUCCUUUGGGGACUAUUUUAAGCAACUGGCGUGUAAGAUGGCUCUGGAGCUGCUAACUCAGGAGUUCGGCAUCUCCAUAGACCGACUGUAUGUCACCUACUUCGGGGGAAACUCCGACGCCGGCCUGGAGCCCGACCUGGAGUGUAAGCAGAUCUGGAUGGACCUCGGGGUCGAGGAGGACCGCAUCCUGCCAGGAAGCAUGAAGGAUAACUUUUGGGAGAUGGGAGACACCGGUCCCUGUGGUCCCUGCAGUGAGAUCCACUACGAUCGGAUCGGAGGAAGAGACGCCUCCCAUCUGGUGAACAUGGAUGAUCCCAACGUUCUGGAGAUCUGGAACCUGGUGUUCAUCCAGUUCAACAGAGAGUCUGAGACGGAGCUGAAGCCGCUUCCCAAGAAGAGCAUCGACACAGGGAUGGGUCUGGAACGUCUGGUGUCUGUCCUCCAGAACAAGAUGUCCAACUAUGACACGGACCUCUUUGUUCCUUACUUUGAGGCCAUUCAGAAGGGAACCGGAGCCCGUCUGUAUACCGGGAAAGUCGGUGCUGACGAUGCUGAUGGUAUCGACAUGGCCUACAGAGUCCUCGCCGACCACGCACGCACCAUCACCAUCGCCCUGUCCGACGGCGGCCGGCCCGACAACACGGGAAGAGGCUACGUUUUGAGGAGGAUUUUGCGUCGUGCCGUUCGUUACUCCCACGAGAAGCUGGGAGCUCAGAGGGGGUUCUUUGCUUCUCUGGUUGACGUCGUGGUCGAGUCGCUGGGCGAGGCUUUCCCGGAACUGAAGAAAGAUCCAGAAAUGGUGAAGGACAUCAUCAACGAGGAGGAGUCACAGUUUCUCAAAACCCUCAGCAGAGGGCGCCGCAUCCUAGACAGGAAGAUCGUGAGUCUGGGAGACUGUAAGAUCAUCCCAGGCGACACCGCCUGGCUGUUGUACGACACGUACGGCUUCCCUCUGGACCUGACCUCGCUCAUCGCUGAGGAGAAAGGGAUGGCAGUGGACCUGGCUGCUUUCGAGGAGGAGAAAAAAGCUGCUCAGUUGAAGUCCCAGGGUAAAGGCGCCGGAGGCGAAGACCACAUCAUGCUGGACAUCUACGCCAUCGAGGAGCUGAGGAACUCGCAGGUUCCCGCCACAGACGACUCCCCCAAAUACAGAUACACCUCAGACCAGAACGGGAGCUACGCGUUCCAGCAGACCUCGGCUACGGUUCUGGCUCUGCGCCGGGAUCGGGCCUUCUGCCAGGAAGUGACCACGGGUCAGGAGUGCGGCGUGCUGCUGGACCAGACUAGCUUCUACGCCGAGCAGGGAGGACAGACGUUUGACGAGGGCUACAUGCUGCGAGAGGACGACAACAUGGAGGAUCGGACCGAGUUCACAGUGAAGAACACGCAGGUGCGCGGCGGCUACGUUCUCCAUAUUGGAACCGUCUACGGAACGCUGAAGGUCGGAGACCGGGUCACUCUGUGUGUGGACGAGGCCCGCCGUCGGCCCAUCAUGAGCAACCACACGGCCACUCACAUCCUGAACUUCGCCCUGCGGGGCGUUCUGGGCGAGGCAGAUCAGAGGGGGUCUCUGGUCGCUCCCGAUCGGCUGCGCUUUGAUUUCACAGCUAAAGGCGCUCUGAGUACGGCUGAGAUCCGCCGGGCGGAGGAGAUCGCUUGUGCCAUGAUCAAAGAUGCAAAGCCGGUUUACGCCAAAGAAGCCGCUCUAGCAGAAGCCAAGGCCAUCCAGGGUCUGCGGGCCGUGUUCGAUGAGACCUACCCCGACCCGGUCCGGGUCGUUUCCAUCGGCGUUCCCGUUGAGGAGCUGCUGAACGAUCCCAACAGUCCGGCGGGUUCCCUCACCUCCAUCGAGUUCUGUGGUGGGACCCACCUGCAGAACUCGAGUCACGCCGCACCGUUUGUCAUCGUCUCCGAGGAGGCCAUCGCUAAGGGCAUCCGUCGCAUCGUCGCCGUGACGGGAGCCGAGGCCCAGAAGGCCCAGAGGAAAGCCGACGCCCUGCGUCAGUCUCUGUCCGCUCUGGGGGACAAAGUCAAGCAGCAAGCCACCCCAAACAAGGACGUCCAGCGAGAGAUCGCCGACAUGACGGAGUCGUUAGGCACCGCAGUGAUUCCUCAGUGGCAGAAGGACGAGAUGAGAGACAUCCUGAAGGGUCUGAAGAAGACCAUGGACGACCUGGACCGCACCUACAAGGCCGACAUCCAGAAAAGAGUUCUGGAAAAGACGAAGGAGGUGAUCGAAAACAGUCCUAAUCAGCCGCUGCUCGUCAUGGAGAUGGAGACUGGAGCUUCAGCAAAGGCUCUAAAUGAGUCACUGAAGCUGCUGAAGUCUCAUUCUCCACAGACCGCCACCAUGCUCUUCACCGUUGACCCGGACGCCGGCCGGAUCACCUGCCUAUGUCAGGUCCCUCAGGAAGUGGCUAACCGCGGUCUGAAGGCCAGUGAGUGGGUUCAGGAGUUGUGCCCCCUGCUGGACGGUAAAGGAGGUGGUAAAGACAUGUCUGCACAGGCCACAGGCAAGAACACGCAGUGCCUGCAGGAGGCGCUACAGAUAGCGAAUGAGUUUGCACGACUCAAACUGGGAGAAAACUGAGAGGAAAACGGAUUCAAAGUGUUGAUUUCCUCGGUCUAGUUCACAAAACUAAACCACUGAAACUCAGAAAAUUAUUUAUUUUCACAGAUCUGCCUGAUUUUAUGUCAUCGAGCUGUAGCUGUAAACAUCCUCUCGUGCACUUUUACCGACCGACGACUUUGCUGCAUGUCCAUAAGAGAGGGAAAAGGAUGUUAGCUUUAGCCUCCUGCUAGCACUGCUUAAAGCCUCUGAUUCAUCCUCCAAGCACAAACGUGGCACUUCCUGUUCCUCCAUCUAGGCUCCAAGUCAGUUUCAUCUCCCCGUGGCCCCGAUACCUCCCUCUGCACACACACAUUGCAGGCACUUAAAGCUCUGCUAGACGAAGAGAAGUAAAACUUCAGCCUGAUUCUUAGUUCUGCUGAGUUCGUGCUGCAGGCGGGACGCUGUUAACAUCCAUCCAUGUCCGACAAAUCUGAUUUUACUUAAUUAAUAAUUACUAAUGUGAAAUAAUCCGUCUGAAUCUUCUGAUGUUUCAUGAUUUAAAUCUGCGUCUCGUCGUUCCUGUAACAGAAAUCAUGCCGGUGGAAUAAAUCUGACUGGUAAAUGUCA